UAUGCUGAUCUCAACACCUUGUCCAUCGUUACUUCGAUGUUCUUCACAUUUGCCAUCAAAGAAGCGUUUCGGCGCCACCUCUCAGGGCCGAUGACACUGUUCAAGCUUCGCAUUGCAAUAGCGUUGAGCAAGUCGACCUGGGUAUUGCAAGAGAGAUUUCUCAAGCUGUCGGCCCUCACUGUGGUGGUUUAUGCGAUGGUCAUAUUCCUGCACACGAGUUGGGGCACUUUACUCCUCCCCACCCCUGUCCAAUGGCCUGUGUUAAUGUCCGGAACGGAACUAGAUCUAGGAUCUGUUGCAUUUAUAAACCAGUUGGGUACGGACCUCAUUACCCUGGAAGCGAACCCUUUACAAGCACCUGCAUUUGAAACCAUCAAUGUCUUGACUCUCCUCAGUGGUGUUGCUGCCAUUGACGAUCAAGGAGGUGUGCAAACGAGUAGUAUGUUCAGCUUCAACGGAGUUUCAUACAAUCAGUCGACUGGUGGAGUUCUUCCUGCGAUAGAGGAGUACUCUGGAUCAUCAAACCCGCCGGGUUCUGACGUUGACCUGGCGUUCUCUGGGGGACGAGUACCGGUUGAUACCACUUUUGACUGGGGGCACGCACGCGAUGCAGGCACUCAAGGCAUUGCGCAGAACUACUCUGUUACACAGCAGGGUGUCACAGCAAAUGUUACAUGCCAGCCGAUCGACCGCAGUCAAAAUACAUUUAGUAUCUAUCAAGUACCGACACAAGGGCCGGUUAUCAUGUUUAUCACGUGGGAAGCUGUUGCGAAUUGUUCUGGAAAUUCAAAUUCCCAGUACUACUUCACCGCUGGCAACGCGAGUGGUCAGAUGGACAAUGCAACCCAGGGACUUCUCCCCACUGUUAUAUGUCCCAACCCAGAAAACUCGACAUUCAACCCAUAUAAGUUUGAUGUUUUUAUGGCAGGCUUGUACAAGUAUAACUUUCUGCCAACGACCGUUUGCGAGGUCGUUCCCUACCUGACCACAGUUAACGUCACUUAUAAUGGAGGCAUAAUAUCUGUCGAUCGGAUUGGUACAUUUUCUGGCUUAACAAGUAGUCCGAGUCUUCCUCUAUCUCAGUACAUCGCAACUGUGAUUGCUUAUCAAACGGGGACAAACCAAGGCAUGACCAUGAAUACAAUUGGUGACUUUUUGACCGCGUACGGUACCAGCAAUGGAUCAGUCAUGUACAGCGAACUAGAAAAUUACUUGCGCGGUAUUACAGAGUUUGCCUCCACUCAACUUCGAUCCGGAUACUCUGCUUCGGGAGUUCCGUCGAAUAUGACAAGGUCGACGAACGGCACGAUGUAUAUCACGACGUACGGCUGGCGAAGCAAAUCUUACACAUAUAUCCUUCUGCUUGUGGUGAUCACCGUGAUCUGGGGCGCCACCAUAUUAACCGCUGGGUACAGCCUCAUCCAAGAAACAAUCCAUCCCUCUGAUCCAUCUUUCGACUUUUCUGAUCCUAUUCAUCUCAUCAUCGCGGCAUCUGGCGGAAGACUUGAAUCACAGCUUCACGACGGUGAUGGAAAUGAAGUAGACAAUAGCGAGGACAUUGUCGUUCGGUUUGAAGAUGUACCGGAGAAAGUGGGAAGGGGAAUCAGCAAGAGAAUGAUCCCUGUGGUUUAGAAACCCCUGCCGAAGACUGGGGUUCCAUUGUUUGUACUAGUAAAUUCACACAUUGUUUUGCACUUGCCG